AUGGGGUUCAAAUCUGGCUUCGCCAUAUGGACGUCUCUUCUCUCUCUGGCCAGCGCGCAAUUCAAGUGCAGUCUACCGGCAGGCGACAUUUGCGCCUAUGAGAAUGCCACCACCUACCAGGCGGUUAAUGCCCCCAAUUGCACUACCCGUGGGCUGCAGGCAUUCGUGAACAGGGUGCCGGGGUUGAAUGGGACCGCCCUGACCGUCCCCUACGCCUUUUACAUCGACAGCAAUGCAACUCUGGACGAGUUUACAGACUAUGUCGGCGCUUCCGUCUUCACGACUGAUAUUCCGCCCGUGUGCGCGUUUCGAGUCAAUGGCACCAAUGCCGAGGGUGCCAGUUGGGGUCUGGGUGCCCUGCUUCCCACACACUUCAAUGGCAGUAUCAUGAUGGCUGCCCCAGAUGCUGGAUUGUCGUGGGGCGUGGCGAGUGCGGGUCUCAAAUACGCCUUUGCCACCUUCGCUUCCAACUCGGGCCACGACGAGCCGGACCACGUUUCGGGCUGGGAGACUCCUGAGGGUCUAGUCGACUGGAGUCACCGUGCACUGCAUCUCUCCACGCUGACUGCCAAAUCCAUUGUCAAAGCCUGGUACAAUGUCGAACCCAAAUACAGCUACAUUACCGGGUGCUCGGGCGGAGGCCGGCAGGUGAUGAAGUCCAUUCAAACCUACCCGGAUGACUACGACGGUGCGAUGGCCGGUGCCCCGACUUGGUGGAUGACGCACCAGGCUUUCUACAGCGUCAAGCAACAGACUAUCGGUGGCGCGGCCAGGUCCAAUUCUUCCAUCCCGGCUUCGUUGUAUUCCAUCAUUGGGGAGGAGGUCCUUCGUCAAUGCGAUCCCCAGGACGGCCUCGUGGACUCCAUCGUCUCGAGACCUCAAGGCUGCUUCUUCAAUGCCGAAGCUCUGGCCUGCAACAGCACCCAAACAUCCAACUGUCUGACCGCACCACAGCUAGAAACACUCCAAAAGAUCUACAGCGACUGGGCCACCUUUGACCAGGACCUCAUCUAUCCCCGCACAUGGUACGGCAGCGAAGCCACCUGGAACACCACGUUCGGCAAUCCCUCGGGUUCAUGGUACAUUGAGAACGUUCUGGGCAUUAAGAACUUCACGGCGCAAGACUUAACCUACGAGCUCAUUGCGGAAGCCGAUGCUCGCGACCCUGCCCACGCCAACGCUGAUGACUUUGAUCUGUCGCCGUUCUUCGAGAAGGGCGGUAGGUUCUUCCACUGGCACGGCAUGUCCGACUCGGUGGUCUCGCCGGGUGCGAGUGUCUACUACCAUAACCAGGCAACCUACGCUGCUUUGGAAAAGGGAAUCGACAUUGACCAACACUAUCAGCUGUACCUGAUCCCGGGCUUAGAACACUGCUCCGGAACCCCCGAGUGCAUGGCAGCCCUAUGGUACCUCGCCGGCCCAUACCAAGCGGGUAACUUCUUCAACUUUACUCCCGCCAACGUCGUGGAUAACUACGUCCACGACUCGUUCCUCACUCUGAUCAGCUGGGUGGAGGGUGGUCAUGCCCCGUCCUACAUGGUGACGACAGAUUUCGAUGAUAAUUCGGAUCCUAUGACGCUGUUGGAUAACCGGAAGAUUUGCCCAUACCCGAAGCAAGCGAACUGGACUCAGACGGGUGUUUCGACGCAUGAAGAUUACUGGGAUUGUAUUUACGUGUAGACAGGGUUACCCUUGCCG